UUGUCAGUCCUUCGUAUGGACCUCACGUUCGACGAGACUGAUAGUACCCGCCGGUAUUGGCAUCCGCAUAUAAGCCGUAUAACGUUUUUGGCGGCAUUCAUCAUCGUCGAUAACUACCAACGUCGAUCGCGCGCCAAUUACACCCCGUAGAUGAACUCGCGGCUGCGGCACGCGCCCCCGCGAUCAUCGUCUCGCGCGCCUCGUCACUCUGUCCACGAGCGGACGAGCGGCGUCGCGAGAUCCCUACGGACGGCGGACGAGAUGUGAAGACGUCGUCUUGGAAGCGAUGUGGCUUCCGUUGGUGCUGCUCGCCUUGAUGGCGAGCGGUUCCGCCUGUCCGGAUCUCUGCGAGUGUCAUCAGGAUGAUGCCGAGAAAAACGGCGGGUCGUUUUCUCCGCUGGACGUGACGUGUCGCGGCCGCGUACCCAGUCUAUCGGAGUUACCCGCGGUAGUGAGAAGUUUGUCGGUGAACAACGCCGAGGGACCGGACGUCGAUGCACUCCUGGAUGAGCUGGAAACCGCUGACUUGGCGAACGAUCUCGGGAUAAACAGCGUUAUGGAUAAUCUCAAGACGAACGACACGUCAUUGUCAGAGAAGCCGGCGAGCGCAACAGAGAUUUUACCGUAUCUGGUCGAGUUCGCGGUGACAAAUUGUUCGUUGGUGUCGUUGAACGCAUCGUGGCACGGUCUCGAGCGCUUGAGAUCGUUAAAUCUGUCGUGCAACAACUUGCCGCGAAUAAAGAGCGUGCUGGUGAUCCGCGCGAUGAAUCUGAGCGAGCUAGCGUGCCUAGAUUUGUCGGAUAACUCAUUAUCCGACAUCGGUGUCGAUUCCUUCAGGACGCUCGUCGGACUCGUCCGACUAAGUUUACGUAAGAAUGCGAUCGGCACGGUGGACGAGGGCGCGUUUCGCGGGCUCGAUCGACUGGAAUUUCUCGAUCUAUCGGACAACAGGUUGGCGGACUUGCCGGAUAGCGCGCUCACGCCGCUAUACUCCUUGCAGAAACUCGAUCUCAGUGGAAACCAGCUGCAAGUCUUGGGCGCCAGGUGGUUCGAGAGUCUCGACAGACUGAGGGAACUCGACGUUUCGCGAAAUGGAUUAGCCAGAGCGGCCUCCGGAACGCUGCAACCAUUACCGGGGCUAUCUGUUCUAAGACUCGCGGAAAAUCCACUAAAAGAGAGAGACGUGUCUCUAUUAUUGGGUACCGGAAGAAGAUUGGAAACGGUAGACGCGUCCCGCACUGGAUUAGCACGCGUCCCAGCGGCUUUGACGAGAUCGGUCAGGGCGCUCAGACUCGCUGGUAAUAGACUGACCACCAUUCGUGGCGGUGACUUGGACAGUUAUCCAUUGCUACGUAUGUUGGAUAUCGCUGAUAAUCGUCUGAUCGAUAUCGAGAACGAUGCCCUGGGACGACUGGAGGUUCUGGAAGAGCUUGAUCUAUCCGGAAAUGUACUUUCGAAGGUACCGGGUAGUUUGCCGAGCAGUCUGGUGGUGCUUAAGCUGCAGCGAAACGCGAUAACCGCAUUGAAGCUCGACGAUCUCAAUGGUCUGUACAAUCUGCGAUCGUUAAUGUUGAACGAUAAUGACAUCAGUGAGAUCGACGUAGGCGCCCUCGGUCAACUGCCUCUGCUCGCCGAGUUGAAUCUAUCCGAUAAUCCUAUUAGAGCGUUAUCAACUAAUACUCUAAGUGGACCGACUAAUCUGACCAAACUCCGAAUGUCAGGUCUAACGUCGCUACAACGACAUCAGGAAGAACAAAGCGAUAUGGCGUUCCCGGUGCCGACCCCGGAGCGUCUAGUAAUGUUGGAUGUAUCGCGCAGUCCGAUUCUCGCGGGUCAAUUACUGGCGGAUGAUGCCGCGCUGUCCGCCUGCAAGAGUCUGAUAGAGCUAAAUCUCUCGGCCACUAAUAUUACCACCAUCAGAUCCGACGUCGCGUAUAUAUUGCCGCAACUGCGCGUUCUUAGGCUCGGGAGGAACAAUUGGAACUGCACGGAGGAACUCUACUGGUUGGGCGAGUGGAUUAGGCAACAUCGGGAAUCGAAUCAACAGUACCAGCCAGCACGCUGCUCCAGCCCGCGGAAAUUGGCAGGAUUAUUUUUGCACCAAUUGCCACCGCCGCCAAAUUUCGUUUCCACAACCGCGGGAAUCGUUACGACGGCAGCAAGCACCUCGGUUACCCUAUCUGUCGUCGUCACGCUCGAACAUACGUCGAAUACUGAUCAGCCAAACGUCACGGUGUCUUCCAAUAUCGAAGAUGCGAAUUCCGACGGUAACGUCACGGAUCUUCCCACGCUAUCUUCCAUAAACGCGAAAACCGAAUCGAAAAUAGUACAUGUAGCUGACUCGGAUUUCGUCUCCAGUGCGGAAACCGGUAUCGGCACAGCGACAGCGGUACCAAAAAAAGCAUCGCGAGUCUACGAGGCACCGACGUCCUUCCGUAACGUAACGUCGUCAAUCUCGAUGCGAACGAGCAUCGGGGAACUGGAUCGAGAGGGCGAUAAAACAAAUCGUAUCUCGGUGGAUCAGAAUUUAAUCAAGCACGUCGUCGUUCCGACCUCUCGAGCAACGAGCGAUCCCAAGUUAUCCAUUAUGAGAAUGGAAGAUGUGGAGUCGCGUCCGCAAACUUCCGAUAACCGAGCCGAUAACGGUGAGGCGCGAAAAAAAGGAGGUGGGACGAGCAAACUUGCCGCGUCCGGGGUUGGCGAAAGCUUCUCGUCUACGAACGAGGGAAGGAAAACAAUCGAGAAGCACUCGGGCAGCAACACGACGAAGGCAAACGCGAUAUUGGACGAGCGCGACUCGAAGACGAUAGCGGAGGAGCUGAACGGUCGGGCGACCGAUUCCGGUGCCAGGCUGUCCGAGGCUUUGUCCGCCGGUGCUCAUCCCGGAAUGUUGGUAUUAGUCGGCGCGGCCCUCAGCGCUGUCGCGGCGCUGACUGUCGUACUCUCGCGAAGAGCAACGGUACAGCGAACGGACAGGUAUCAUCGUCACGAGAACAUCGAGGUGCACACUCUCACGCCCACCGCGGAGCUUUGGUGACCAGAGUCGGAGUACGUCUGUCUGUUCGAGAGGGACAGGCGGCUGGACAUCGAGAAUCGCGACCGGGAAACGUCGACGCCGCCUCAACAAUCGGCGAGCCCACGACUGAUCGACGUGUGUUUGAGGAAGAUCCUCAAGUAGCCCGCCCGGUAUCGGUGAUCGACAGUGUCCAUCCUAUUGUCUGCGACUAAGUGGACCUGUCGGAGAGAGGUAAACGAAGUGUUAAUCGGAAAGUUGGAAGGAUUCCUCCUGAACUGCGCGGAGACCAUACGCACGGAGAAAGGCGACUGUAAAUGUCGAACUGUUGGGAACUGAGAUACUCCGAGCUAAUCCGUGUCGCUUCGAAAACCGCUAAUAACGUCGUGCAUUAGAGACAAUCUCUCGCAAAGAAGAAAUUAUUCGGACGUGACUUAAAACUUUAACUUAAUCUAAAAACAAUGGGAUAAAGACGGACAGAGACGUCGUGAGACUAUCAUAACUACGAAAAAUCUGCAGUGCAGCAAUUAGAAACAUUAUGUUCACGUAAAUUCUAACAAAUUUCUAAGUCUAACAUAAACAAGUGUUACUUAUAAAAUCAAUCUCUGUAAUCAUGUAUCUGACUUAUCGAGUUCUUUGAAAAUCACACGUGGCUCAGUAUGUAAAGUCAUCCAGAUGUCGAUAUCGGUACGGUAUCUACCCGGAUGGAAAGAAUACCCGAGGAUGACACUGUUCAAACUCCAUCAAGGGCGAAGAUGCAGACGUCAAGUACUGUAACCAAGACGUUAAAAGCACGAGCGAGAGUCACCGCGUUAUUUCGUAUAAAUUCUGACGUCUACAAACACAACCGGCGCUGCGCAUGUCGUCAGUCGGGAAAUACCGGAUGCGUACUACGAACGAAAACUCGAGGAAAACUGCGAACGAAAAAUUCGCCACUAUUUCGACGCAUGUAUCGCGGUAGAUCGAGAUCGCGCAAAAUCUCGAUUUUCUUCGUAAUAAAUGGCAAUUGUAGGAGGAGAGGUACGAAUGAAAAAUUAAUACCGCGUUAUUCGCGCGCGCGCGCGUGAGAGAGAGAGAGAGAGAGAGAGAGAGAGAGAGAGAGAGAAGAGAGAGAAUUCUAAAUCCGUCGAAAUCCUCGGUGUUGGUGUCUUUGAUGUUUUCUGAUUCCGAUAUCGCGCAUAUGCAGUCACCGCAGACGUGUCAUAAUUGAGUGGCGAUAAUUACAAGCGAGCGGCGGGUUUAACGAAUUAGCCGAUUGGCAGAUAAAUUGGACAUAGUGACAAUAAUAAUGGUUACAUGCCGCGUUUUAAGAGUUUGACUCUUUGCGGUACGCUCAAUUCCUGAGAAGACUAUAUUGUGACUGAAAUGAAGUGCGAGUGUAAUAAAAGUAGGAAGAGAGCAUAAGGCUAGCGAAAGGUAGAAAAAACGUGGACGUGGUAGAGAAACAGGUAGGGCAAAAUGCAGAAUGUAGGGGAUGAAAAAUUCGCAGUGGCAAAUAGUAUGCUUGAAUGAUAAAACCAGACAGGAAGCCAGAGAGAGAGUGCUAGACGGAAGAAUUUUUAUCGAACAGCGUGUGCGUGUGCGAGAGAUCGAGAGAAUCGGGUGUAAGAGAAAAA